AUGACGACCUCUCUGGCGAUGCUGCCUCCUCCACCGAUCCAUGCGCACUCCACAGCAACCGCAUCCGAACCUCUGUCUCCAAGGCGGCCGAAACUGUCCGUGAAUACACAGCAGAUACGUACUUUUGGCAAGGGCUCGAGUCUGCGACUGGAGACCCUUUCUGCAGUCUCGCCCACAGCCCGCAAUACCUUCAGCAACGCCUACCAAGCCCCACGAUCAGAGCCCGCGUCCACCACCGCGCCCUCGAGGCCGCGGCUCUCUCUCAUCAGCUCCCUUGACGUUCGCCCGCGGUCAGCGCCCCCAACGCCGAUACAGCUCGAAGCAAGCACCCCAAACUCCGCGUCCACAGCGUCCGCAACAUCCGCCUCGUCAACCGAGUCAACCGAGUCAGCUACCAUACGGAUACCGUACAAGCUCGCGCACAACCUCCCCUCGAUCCUGUCCAACAGCCCCAUUGCCGAAGUGCGGACGCGCAGGAUGGCGUCUUCAAGCCGGCCGCUCUUCCCAGCGACGAAGCGCGUGUCGUUCCGCACGCCGCUGGACGAGGAGAUCGUCACAGUCAGGUAUACCAUGGCGCACUCGGACAUAACACCAGACGCAAGUCAGCCAUCCGAGUCCGAGUCAUCGAGCCUCUCCUCCUCGACCGUCUCUUCCAUCUCGACUUCCUCCUCCGAGCUCUCAUCAUCUCCACCCGCAGCCGCGGCGUCACUCUCCGCAGACGUCCCGCGAUCGCACUCCCCACCAGAGCCCUCAAGCUCGCCCGACCUGUCAACCUCCGACGACGAGUCGAACACAAGCUCUCCUCGCACGGGCGAGAAGCGGGAGUCGCCCUCGUCUUCGGAGCCGGACUCGGAUAGCGAUUCGUGUCCUGAGACGCCGGUGGCGGGACGGCGCAAGCGGCGGCGGGAGUGGGUGUGGACGCUGGGACCGAUUGGGAAGAGUUUAACGGACAGCGGUGCUGCUGCGGAUGAUGACGAGGAGGAAGAGGAGGAUAGUUGA